UUCCAGUUUAGUUAUUCAUUUUCAGUUCCAUGAAGAUAGAAAUCAGAUUAAUGAAUAUAAAUCAGCAACAGUUACCAAUAUUGCACCACAAUGGAUAGGCUUGAAAACGGAUAGCGUUGUGAGAUACCUGGAAAUCCUUUUCGUUCUUGACACUGAUAUGUAUUUUCAUCAGCUAAAUAUUCGCGGUAUUCUAGCUGGCAUUCAUCAAAUGACUGGUAGAAACAUUACAUUAAAUCAACUAAUGAAUUAUCGCAAUACAAGACUUAAAGAGCUUCCAAAUCAUGAUAUUGCAUUACUGAUGAAUUACGAUUAUCAUGGCGGUGUUGCUUACGUAAAUGGAAUUUGUAGCCAAAAUGCAGUUGGAAUUAUUGGGUUCCUUCCACACGCUCCAAUGGAAUAUACAGCAGUCAUUUUCCAUGAAAUUGCGCACCUUCUUGGCUUAACACAUUCUUCAUACAGUAAUUUUGAUUGUGAUUAUAAGGAUGAUUAUGGCACUUAUCUUAAGAUUGACGGAUUUGAUGAUAAAUGUGCAGCGCAAAUGCUAGCGGAUAAGUUAGGUCAACAUUUCUGUUUAAAAAAUCUACCCCAGAAAUCAGCGCCAAAAAAUUAUGCAAUUUGUGGUAAUAAUUUUUUAGAAUUUGGCGAAGAAUGUGACUGUGGACCACAAAGAUAUUGUAAUUCAUAUAUAUGUAAUGCGAAAACUUGCAUGCGAACGAUUAGCGAUUUCCAACUUCAUUCUAUUUUUUUUGGCGUGUUAGCUUUGAUAAUAAUUGUUUUUGUGUGGGGUCAUUUUGGAGCAGAAAAAAAAGGUCAACAUCGAAUAUGUGAUCAAAAUACUACAAAAUAUAUCAAAACUUGGUAA